AUGGGGGGGGUACAACGUCUGGAACGUCACUUGAGAUUUCAGUCUGUCGCACCGCGGCAUCAGCACAAGGUCCGAACCGGACUCCUGACUCGGCGUUUUGGAGCAUCUCGUUUUUAAGAAAAAAAAAAACAAAAACAAACAACAAAAAUAGCAACCGUCCACCUUUAGGCACCGGCUCUUUUCCGUCUAACGGUCCUCCAUGAGAUUCUUCAGGCUUACCUUCAAGUGCUUCGUCGACUGCUUCUGAGUCUACUGCGUCUCAAAGCGCCAGCUGACAUUUUUUUUGUUCGAUUUCAAAACAUCUCUCGGCUGAAGCUUGAGGGGUUCCAACGUGUGGAGAUAAAAAACUGAGAUUUAUUAAUAUUCUUAAUUGUAUUUUUGUAUUUCCAAAAAAAAGGCGAAAUAAACGGAGAAAAUCCGAAAAGACAACCGGGGGGCACAUUGCAUGGUGCUGAAUACAUUUCCCUUUCUUGGCACGUUUACCCAACCUCGUCUAAUAACCAACAGCCAGCUCGAUUUUUCUCUUUCAUUUUUCCCUGCCAGUAUGUCACCUGAGUUGGGAGAGAGUCCUCUAGGUGAAAUCAGCCUCCCCCAACUGGAGGCAGGAGAUCUUUGUGAAGGGGAAAGUGGGGGAUCAGCUCACCCUCUGGUGCCUGUCCCCGGAGCAGGCCAAGGGUGCAGUGAAGCUGGAGGAGCUGGUCCCCCACUGAGCCAGGACGGACCUGCCGCUGGGACGGGGAAUGGGGUGGUUACGGUCCCGGUGGUGGAGAGAGAAACCUGGACCAGACAGAUGGACUUCAUCAUGUCCUGUGUGGGAUUCGCUGUGGGCUUGGGCAAUGUGUGGCGCUUCCCUUACCUUUGCUACAAGAACGGAGGAGGCGUGUUCCUUAUCCCCUAUUUGCUGAUAGUUUUCAUCGGCGGCAUCCCAGUCUUUUUUCUGGAAAUCGCUCUGGGACAGUUCAUGAAGCAGGGAGGGGUCUCCGCCUGGAACAUUGCACCUCUUUUCAAAGGCCUGGGCUUGGCGUCCAUGGUGAUUGUGUUUUUCUGCAACACCUACUACAUCAUGAUUCUAGUGUGGGGUCUCUACUUUCUCUUCCACUCCUUUACCAACCCGCUGCCGUGGGCCACUUGUGGACACCCCUGGAACACGCCCAAUUGCACAGAGGACUUCCGUCGCUCCUGCCACAACCACAGUGCUGCUCAGCUGUCUUCUAGUGCUCAAGACAUGAACGUGACGUCGGUCAAGUUCCUCCUCAACAACAGCUGCAUGGAGACUGAGGGCAUGCGAUCCCCGGUCAUCGAGUUCUGGGAACGUAAAGUUCUCCGUCUGUCUGGUGGGCUUCAUGAACCCGGUAACAUCAGCUAUGAGAUGGUGCUCUGUCUCCUCGCCACCUGGAUCAUUGUUUACUUCUGCAUGUGGAAGGGAGUUAAAUCGACAGGCAAGGUUGUAUACUUCACAGCUCUGUUCCCCUAUGUGGUUCUGGUUGUUCUGUUGGCCCACGGCGUCACCCUACCCGGAGCUCUCGAUGGGAUUUUAUACUACCUGAAACCGGAUUGGUCCAAACUGGGAGAAGCGCAGGUGUGGAUUGACGCCGGCACCCAGAUUUUCUUCUCCUAUGCCAUCGGACUGGGUGCCCUUACCGCACUGGGCAGCUACAACCGCUUCCAUAACAACUGUUACCAAGAUGCUUUUGUGCUGGCCCUUAUUAAUAGCGGAACCAGCUUCUUUGCCGGAUUUGUCGUGUUCUCUGUGUUGGGCUUCAUGGCUGCAGAGCAAGGUGUGGACAUCAGUAAAGUAGCUGAGAGUGGACCUGGUCUGGCCUUUAUAGCAUACCCAAAGGCUGUGACUCUGAUGCCUCUGGCCCCCCUUUGGGCAGCGCUCUUCUUCUUUAUGUUGCUCAUAUUGGGCCUGGAUAGUCAGUUUGUCGGAGUAGAGGGUCUAAUAACCGGAAUCAUGGACAUGCUUCCUCACAAAUCUGCCCUGGCGUCCUUGCGGCGAGAGGUGGUAGCGGCCAUCUGCUGUGUCAUCUGCUUCCUCAUUGACAUGUCCAUGGUCACAGAGGGCGGGAUGUAUGUCUUCCAGUUGUUUGACUACUAUUCUGCCAGCGGCAUCACUCUGCUGUGGCAGGCUUUCUGGGAGUGUGUGGUGAUUGCUUGGGUCUACGGCGCAGACCGUUUCAUGGAUGAUGUGUCUCGUAUGAUUGGCUAUCAGCCCUUACCCUACAUGAAGUGGUGCUGGUCCUACGUAACGCCCUUUGUCUGUGUGGGAGUCUUCUUAUUCCAUGUUGUGAACUACAAGCCCCUAACCUACAACACUGUGUACACCUACCCUUUGUGGGGUGAAGCGCUUGGGUGGGCUUUGGCACUUUCCUCCAUGCUUUGUAUCCCCCUUACUGUUGUCUACAAACUGCUGCGCUGCAAAGGAUCACUGCGGGAGCGCUGGCAGCACUUAACGACACCAGUUUGGGGCCGACAUCACCUGGAUUAUCUGGCCCCCGAGAGCGAAGCCAAACUGCUGCCCUCUGCAGGAUCCAAGAAUACCCAUCUCUUUGAAAGCGUUAUCUAAUCGUUAGGAGCCGAGGUUGUCCUUUUAACAUCAGUACUCUUGCACCAGUUCACCAAUUGCAAAAAAAAAAAAAAAAAAUACAGUUAGUCUACACUUUGCCCAAAGUCAGCUGGGAUAGGCUCCAGCACACCCCCACGACCCUAGAAAAUGAAUGAAUGGAUUUACACCCCACUCUAGAACUUCAGGGGCGGGGGGAACAAGUUCUCACAAAUGGACCAAACAUUAGAUGGAGAAAGACACAUACCAACUUCUAUUCUUCUCCUUCCCCGAGUGUCUCGCUUUCCCCUUCCCUGCUUCUUGUGCUGUCCUGUCUCUGCUGUGAUGCAGUAUGUCCGUCGUAGUUUCAUUUAGGCGCUUUCUGUCCGGAUUUCCCACAGCCCCCUCCGUCCCAUACCGUUUGAGAACAUUAACUGAAAAAUAUUACAAUGAAACCUCAUUCUGUAUGUGCUGCUGCAAACCAUGCUCUGAGAUGCAAGUAGUAGCGUCCUCUCAUUGCUUUCUGUGCAAGAAUCGACAUGUAAAUAGAAAAAGAAGACAAUUAAACUCCACUUCCAAAUGUGUUGUGAACUAACCUAUGUAUUCAGUGUUUUAGAGGCGCUAUGAGUCAGUGUUAUCAAUUUUCGGACUGCAUCAUGAUCAAUAUUUUCACCCUAAGAGAGAAAGUUAGACUGGUAUGAGCAGGAAGGAAAGGGGACUGUGUGGACAGGAAUGAAAGACUCAAUAAAAGACCAAAAAUUAAAAAAAUCCUUUG